GAGUCUCGUACAGUUGAGAGAACAAACUGCGUUUUGAAAGAGAGCUUGUGUGUGGGUGGCAGGAGUAUACCAUACAUUCUUAUUCCGUUUUCUCUGUUUUGUUGAAGCUUGAGUCGGUGACCUAGAGAGAGAGAGAGAGAGAGAGAGAGGAGAGAUGACAUUAAUGGAGAUUAGGGCGAGGGCUCCAGGUAAGAUCAUCCUUUGUGGAGAGCAUGCAGUUGUCCAUGGUUGUGCUGCAGUGGCGGCUUCCAUUGAUCUAUGUACACAAGUUCUCCUUCAAAGCUCCCAAGAUGGUGAUGUGGGUUUACUUCAACUUGAGCUCAAAGAUCUGAACCUGCAGUUUUCAUGGUCGAUAUCUAGAAUUCAAGACUUUCUCCCAUCGGAGACUCUUCCUCUUUCUUCGAGUGUUGAGUGUUGCUCCUCCGACAUGAUGGAAAGACUCAUCGCUCUUGUUGCAGAGCACAACAUCCCUGAAGCCAAUAUUGGGCUCGCUGUUGGUGUCUCCGCCUUUCUCUGGUUAUACAUUUCCAUUGCUGGGUUUAAGACCGCAAAAGCAAUUGUUACUUCAAACCUUCCUAUGGGCUCAGGUUUGGGAUCAUCCGCUUCAUUUUGUGUUGCACUAUCUGCAUCACUGCUUGCAUUGUCAGGGACCAUAAGUUCGGCUUCAGAUCAGGAUGGUAAUUUGGUGCUUGGGGAGAGAGAAAGAGAGUUGGUUAAUAGAUGGGCCUUUGAAGGAGAACGAAUCAUACAUGGAAGGCCCUCUGGAAUUGAUAAUUCUGUAAGCACAUUUGGUAACAUGAUCAUGUUCAAAUCCGGUGAACUAACUCGAAUAAAAGCCGGCUUACCCCUCAAAAUGCUCAUAACAAACACAAAGGUUGGGAGGAACACAAAAGCAUUAGUCGCUGGGGUUGCUGAGAGAGCAGGUAGACACCCUGAAGCCAUGUCUUCAGUGUUCAAAGCAAUUGAUGCAAUAAGCAUGGAACUCUCUACCAUAAUCCAGAGUGGAGCAUCAGAUGAUCUCUCCAUUAUUGAGAAAGAGGAGAAGUUACAAGAAUUGAUGGAGAUGAAUAUGGGUUUGCUUCAAUCCAUGGGUGUGAGCCAUGCAUCCAUAGAGAUGGUUCUCCAAACCACCUUGAAAUAUAAACUAACUUCCAAGUUGACUGGGGCAGGCGGUGGAGGCUGUGUUCUAACUCUUCUACCCUCAUGUUCUCUUUCUUUGUAUGGAUGUAUGUAUGUUUAUGCAUCCAUAUGUCUUUGGUGGCUCUUGCAAGGUAGCUAUAAGCCUUGUUUGGACUUUAUAUAUUCCCUCUCCCAAAUCAAAUCUGAACUUUUUGAAUCAUCAUUGCAAGGACAAUGAGGGUUUGGAAGUUCAGAUUCCAUUUUUUAAAAAAUCAGACUUGUGAAUACAGUGGGAAAUUUGUUGUUUCAUGCGAGAAGCAUGCAGUCCAGUUCAUGGCGCUAAGAUCGAACCAAAGUUCUUUGUUCUCAAAAUAAGGUCCAACCAAAGUGCUUAUUCACAGGUGUUGAGACUGGCAUCGCAUGGAUUUGGUGGUGCCCUAUUUGUAAUAGGGAUCUUUUAUUUCUAUAUAUCCAUUGAUGAAAGUUAAAUGCAGCUGGAAGUGCAGAAACUAUGAUUUAGUGUGCAGUUUUAUGAGGUUGUGAAAUGAAAUGAGUUCUUGACUAUCAAGUUGACUAUCUUGGGUCAAUAAUCUUGGAAUUGAGGAAGAUGUCGCACAAAAUUAAAGUUGGGUGGACUAAGUGGAGAUAUGUAAACGGAAUUUUAUGUGAUCUCCGCAUACCAAUGAAGCUUAAGAGCAAGUUCUAUAGGACAGUUGUGAGAUCAUCUUUGCUUUAAGGGUUGGAAUACUGGGCGGUCAAGAAACAACAUACCCAUAGAAUGAGAGUAGUUGAGAUGAAGAUGUUGAGAUGGAUGAGCAGCAAGA